UGCAGUAUCUCUGGACUUGGGUGAUUUUUUUCCCUUUAUAUCACUUCGUUGUUAUUUUUUCGAUUAUCGGAAUAUUUCAAGGUUUUUUUUUUUAUUUCGUUGUAUAGCUACUUCUGAAGGAACUGUUUGGAAGAAUGAUACACCUUCGUCAAUUUCGCAAGGAACAAUUUCAUUUGCAGGACUUGUCAAUCAGGGUGCGUGAUUGAAAAUGCAGUACUGACUGGCACACGGUUAUUUCAAAGUUACAUUUUUAUGGUACUUUUUUUGUCAUGGGGACUACGAUAUACAGUGAGAGAACUGCAAACCUUUUCAUGCGUACUUGCUGUUCGAGCGGCUUUGUACACCUGUGCGCCUCAGCGCUUUCUACUCCUGACUCCUGCACUCUUACCUGUUAGACCCCCUCCCAGCUCUUCGCCCCGGGUCCCCCAUGCCACAAUGAGCACUUAGUGAAAUUCCGAGAUUGCUGUCGGGCAAUCAGGAUCAGGAUGUUCAACGACACUGUGUACACAAACUGCACCUUCAAUUGCACAUUCAACUGCUCUUUGUUGGACUCCGACUAUUGGGAUGCCGAUUAUCCGGUCAAUCUUUUCCCUAUCCCAGUUUUGACAGGCGUGACGGCAACUUGCAUUUUUCUCUUCGUCAUAGGGACUGCUGGGAAUUUAAUGACCAUUCUCAUAGUAUCCAAGUACAAAGAUAUGAGGACCACGACCAACUUGUACCUGUCCAGCAUGGCCUUUUCGGACCUGUUCAUUUUCCUCUGCUUGCCCCUUGACUUGUACCGCAUCUGGCGCUACAGACCCUGGAACUUCGGAGACUUGCUGUGCAAGCUCUUUCAGUUCGUCAGCGAGAGCUGCACCUACUCCACCAUCCUCAACAUCACGGCCCUGAGCAUCGAAAGAUACUUUGCCAUCUGUUUUCCGCUCAGAGCCAAGGUGGUCGUGACAAAAGGACGUGUCAAGGGAAUCAUACUGCUGCUCUGGGCGAUUGCCUUUGCUAGUGCCGGACCCAUAUUCGUCCUGGUGGGUGUCAAACACGAGGAAGGUACUGACCCAUGGGAGACAAACGAAUGCAAACCUACCGACUACGCAAUUCGCUCUGGUCUCCUCACCAUCAUGGUGUGGGUUUCCAGUAUUUUUUUUUUCUUGCCUGUCUUUUGCUUGACUAUACUUUAUAGCCUCAUAGGAAGGAAGUUGUGGAAGAGAAAGAGGGAUACCAUAGGACCCAACAUGUCAAGUAGAGAUAAGAACAACAAGCAGACUGUGAAAAUGCUCGCGGUGGUAGUAUUUGCUUUCGUUCUCUGCUGGCUGCCAUUCCACGUUGGACGAUAUUUGUUUUCCAAGUCAUCGGAAGCUAACUCAUUGGAGAUGUCUCAGAUGAGCCAGUACUGCAACUUGGUUUCUUUUGUGCUCUUUUACCUUAGCGCUGCCAUCAACCCCAUCUUGUACAACAUCAUGUCGAAGAAAUAUCGAGUGGCAGCUUGCAAGCUCUUUGGACUGAAGCAAACUCCCAAAAGAACGGCAUCCACCAUGAAGGAUGAGAGCUCCCCAGGUUGGACAGAGUCUAGCAUUAGCACGUGAUGGGGGAGCAGAGGACCAGUGCUUUGUUUUUCUCUUACAAAGAUGAUGUGUGCCAAAAAGCCAUAAAAAUACCAACCACUGGUUUUACUGAUCUUACUACUACACAUGCAUGUAACAAGUACCAUUCACAGGCCGGAGAGGUAAACCAAGUAAAACUAACAGGUAAUUUGGGAAGAACAAUGGUGUGCACAAAGUUCACAUUGGACAUUACUGAAUGUGCCUCAGUUUAGCCACAGUCCAGUCUGAUAGCUGGUCAAGUGGAAGGCAGUUACCGUGUACUUUAGGAGAAGAGAUGUUUGUCAGCGGUGUACUGUAGGCCUACAUAGGUUGUUGAUUGUUUCGUCAGCAAUAUACCUAACCUGACCUGGGUUUAGACUGUGCCAAACUAUUUUGAAUGCUAUAUUUUUGGAUAGAAACAAUAUGAAAAAGUUCUCUUUCAAAACUAAAAUCAAACAUAGAUGUGGCCAUAUCUUUUUUUUUUUUUGGACUAACACAAUUAAUAAAACACAAAAAAGUUAAUUUUAUUGUGCCUUCAUAGGGUGAACACCACCCUAAGGCAUCUCUGCAGUAAAGAAGGACAAUUGUUUACAUAUACUGUAUUUACAUAUAUAUUUUUACAAUUGGAGCACAGGCAAGUUAAGUGACACACUUAGGAUCACAGUACCAGACAAAUGGAAAGCCACCAGCAUUAUGAAGUAAAGUCCAAAGCCUGAGCCAACUGGAAACACCACCAGCUUAAGUAAAAAGGAAAAAUUCAUGUUAAGAACACUAAAUGUAUUAAAAGGUGCGUAUCCGUGUUUUACAUAAAGCAUACAAGAUUAAGUAUAUAAAUGUUUAAACACUAUUCUGAAUGCUAAGGGACAGCUUAGUGCAUGAAGCAUGGAACCGCUAAUGGAUCAUUUAAGUUAACUGAGCCUCAAAACAUCUGAAGUCAAAUGUUCUGCAUAGGGGUGACAUAGAAGCGCAGUGGUUAGUGCUGCUAGCGCACACCUCCCACAAUUUCCAGACUCUCACUGACCAUGUGAACUUUACAAGUUGUUAACAUUUUAGGGUGGGCACUCUGGUUUAUUCCCAAAUCUGUGUCUGUCAGGAUGACGGAUGAUUCCGCAUGUAAGUGUGCCCUGCAGUGGAAUACAGUCCUGUUCAGAAAGGGUGCCAGAAGCUUUUAGGAAACUAAAAGGUUAAGGGCAACCAUUAUUUGAAGGAGACUUUUUUGACAUUUUCUCUGUAUUGACUACUCUUGGGUAAGGCCAUCAGGGAGAGUGUUUACCCUGUGGUUGGGGGGCACUGUACUGUAAACAUUAGUGCCAUCCUUUCGGAUGAGAUGUAAAACCAAGGUCCUGGCUCAUUGUGGUCAUAAAAGAUCCCUGGGCAUCUUUCAAAAAGAGGAGAGUGUCCCACAAUGCCCACUAUGGCCUGAUCAUUCUGGCCCCCUAA